AUGAACAAGUACAAUGAGCUCAAGGUAAAGUCUACAAGGUUUACUGGGACGGCGGAGGAAGAAUGCCUCCAAAGAUCAUCGGUUCAUGCUGUACCGACGCUCGGCAACAACGAGCUGCGCGGCCGCCUCCCCGCCGGCCUCUCCGGCCUCCGCGACCUGCAGUACCUGAUCUUGGAGAACAACCCCAUGGGCGGCGUCCCGCUGCCGCCCGAGCUGGGCAACAUCCCCAGGCUCCAGGAGCUCCGGCUGGCCAACUCCGGCUACUCGGGCCCCAUACCGGACACGUUCGGCCUCCUGUCCAGCCUCACCACGCUGUCGCUGGAGAACAACAACCUCACCGGGCGGAUCCCGCCGGGGCUCAGCCGUCUCAAGCGCAUGUACCACCUCAACCUGAGCAAGAACGGGCUGGACGGCGUCGUCCCUUUCGACGCCGCGUUCCUCAGGCGGCUCGGCCGGAACCUGGACCUGAGCGGCAACCCGGGGCUGUGCGUCACCGACCGGGCCGUCAUGCCGGGCGUGGGCGUCGGAGUCUGCGGCGACGACGUCGUCGACUGCGAACGGUCCGCCGCCGCGGAGAGCUCGGUCGUCGGGAGAGUGGUCAGGGGAGAGGUGACGACGGGUCGCUGGCCGGCCGGGCUGCUCAGGCCCGCCGCGGUUGCGCUGUGCAGCUGCCUUUUGCUAUGAGCUCCUCUGAUCAUCCAGGGUCGGUGCAUUGCAUGCAAUUGUUUGCACCCGUUGAUCUCUCUGUACGUAGGUGUGUUGCUGUAACUCGCGAUGUUGAUUGUUUGAGGUGUGUAGUUGGGAUUCGUGACAAGAAGUCCAAGUGAAGCGUGAAGACCGGGGAGUUAGGAUGACGUUGUUUCUUUUGUGCGUGAUUGGCACACGUGGGGUUUGUCGGAUCACUUCAUUCACAUUCGGUUAACCGAGCGCGUGACUUCUGACAAUAAUACAGUCGUCAAACACGCUGUCCGUGGUUAUAAUUGCCAUAAAACACACGUAGACGGUCGACCGAUUAGUAAAACUUUUCCUUCUUACA